UCUCAAGAUGCAACUGGACUGAGAGAAAAGCAAGUCUUCAUACAAAAGGUCCCACCAAUUAAUACAUUCAACACACUGCCGACUCAAACCUUGCCUACACCUACAAGGUUAUUCGGCGAUCAAGUAUAUAGAGCUCGGCCAAUCAGAAAGCACCCUACCACUAUACACCCUCGCUUCACUACCUUCGAAAUUAUCAAGAAUGGACUAUAUCGAGAGACUUCUCGCAUGGACUCUUAGCAAGCGCAAGGGCCACGACGCGGGAUUAAUAUCCAAAACCAAGCCCUUUGAGAAGAUCUCCAAGCCAACGAUAACCCUCGAAUGUCCGGACAUCGGCCCAUCGGGCUCAAGAAUUCCUCCCGAGUAUAGCUUUUUCCAAACCGGGCACUUCCCAACCCUAAAAUGGACAACAGGGGCAGAGUCAUCAUCAUCCGUGAAAGAAUGGCUUCUGGUUGUAGAAGACCCAGACGCGCCGCUGGCUGAACCAGUCACACAUGGUCUUUACUACUCGAUCCCGGCAGCCAAGACCAGUGUUUCGCAUGAGGAUUUCGAGAGCAGCGAGGAGGAGGGUGCAGCAAAUUUUACUCUCAAAGGUGGGUUCAAGUAUGGUUUGAAUCGGCGGAAAAACGUGUAUAUUCCGCCGAGAGGAUUGUUGGGUCAUGGUCCUCAUCGAUACUUUUUUCAAAUCAUUGGUCUUGGUGAACCGCUUGAUACAAGCAAGUUGAGUCCGGCGGCGACGAAGGCUGAGAUUGUUGAGCAGAUGGAUGGUAAGCUGGUUGCUUGGGGAGAGUGGAUUGGGGUGUGGGAGAGAUCGUGAUGGUAUUGAUUUUGGCCGCUCUGCUUUUUGUCGUGUUAGGAUUAUCAGGGUGCUUGUUUUUGC